AUGGACGUCUCCGUCACCGCCGAAAACAUGCUCUCGCAAGACGAGGUCCAGGUCAUCGUCAGCCUGGAGAGGGCCGGCGCCUCUCUCUCCCUCGUCGGCGUCACGCUGAUCUUCCUGACGUUCGCCAUCUACAAGAAGCUGAGGACUGUCCCCAACACCUUCAUACUCUUUGCCUCGAUAGCCAACGUCGGCGCGAGCGUGGCGAGUCUGAUAGGCUAUGCCGGCAUCGCUGCCGGCGUGGAUAGCAACCUGUGUAAGGCGCAGGCUUUCCUCCUGGAAAUCUACUACAUCCCCAUCUGGAUGUGCAUCGUGCUCUCCGCCGUCAUCUACAUGGCCGUCGGCUACCACGUCUUCCAUCAGCGCAAUCAGCUGCGUAACUUGACCCUGAGCAACCAGGGCAAGAGCAUCUCGACCUCUGAUGUCAGAGACUCGGCGGAAAAGAAUCUCACCGCUUCCCCAUCCGCCUAUCCCACUGUCACCCACGACAUCGAGAUAAGCACCGAAGUGUACGAUACCUUUGCCACACCGCCGCCGACGCCCUCGCCGUCGACCACCGCCCAGUGCCCGUGGGCGGCGUCCGGCCCGCAGGACGACGACUCCAUCGUCUCGUCCACCUCCCCCCGCGGCUACCCUGCAGGAGCAACGACGACACCUCACCACCACCACCACCACGCUUCACACCAUCACCACCCGGGAUUCUCGCACGUCACGUCAAAGAUCGUAUCCUCCUCCUCGGCCUCGGCCUCGCCCCACGCCAAGGACCACCAGGCACAGUCACGCCGCGGCAGCGGCGGGGGCACCACCUCCGCGACGGCGUCGUGGCGGCGCCGCCUCGCGGCCCGGCUGCGCCACAUGGACCCCGUCAAGCUGGCCUACCUGCGCACGAGCUUCGUCUUCGCCGUCUCGGUCCUCGUCACCUGGACGCCCUCGUCCAUCAACCGCGUCUACAACCUCGUGUACCCGGACCGCGUGAGCUACGGGCUCAACCUCGCGAGCGCCGUCGUCCUGCCGCUGCAGGGCGUGUGGAACGCCGUCAUCUACUUCACGACGAGCUGGCGCACCGUCCGCGAGGAGGGCGCGCGGACGUGGGAGGGCCGCCGGAGGGCGCGCUGGUGGCCCUCGGCGCUCCUGCGGUCGUCGGGGAGCCGUGGGGCGAGGGCCGCUCGAGGAAGUGGUGGCGGAGGGCUGAUCUUGCCUCAUAUCCGGAGCGGAGGGGGCGGCGCGUGCGGGAUGGGCAUGGGAGGGCGGGGCGGCGGCCACGUCGUGCUCGACAGCGCGGAGCUGGAGAUGAGCCCGCGGGCCAUCAAGGCGCCGCCGCCCGUGGGGACGCUGAGGGUGCAGAAGGGGUGCGAGCUGGAUAGCCUCUAG